UUGCGCCGUCCUUUGCCUCCAUUGUCUUACUUGGUUAUGCAAGGGAAUGAAAGGGGGUUGGGAAUGUGUCUCCUGCUCUCUCUCUCUCUCUCUCUCUCUCUCUCUCUCUCUCUCUCUCUCUCCCUCUCUUUCUCCCUCUCUGUUGCCCCGACUCUUUGUCCACAGACCUUUGGGUGUACUAAUCCAGCCAAAAGACUUCAUCCCCAGACAGACCUCAGGCACCAUCUUACGCGCAGCCCCUAUCAGGCAGCCCUGGAGAUUUGAUUUGACAUGGCCAAUGUGUUUGUGAUCCUCUUUCUAGUCCUGGACUGCCUCGUCCUCCUGCAGAGCGCCAAGAUCCUCACCGUCUGUUUGAUUGGGGGCAGCCAUUACAUGCUCAUGGAUGAGGUCUCGCACUCGUUCCACAGAAGUGGCCACAGCGUGCGGAUGCUGCUUCAGCUGGGCAAUCCGGUCAUUAAAGGAUUUGAGUAUGCUGGUCGCCCAGACAGCUAUGAAUUAACCACCUGGUCACCUGGUGAGAAUUACAUUGAAGAAUACAAUGGAUGGUUCCUUGUGCAGCAAAAGGAGUUUCUCCUUGGCAGGAGUAACUUCAGUGGCUUCUUGAGCUUCAUGGGACACCUGGCCUACCACUGCGACCUCAUUCUGAGUGACUCCGAGCUGAUGGACUCGCUGCGGGGGGAGUCCUUCGACAUGGCCGUCCUGGACGCCUUCAACCCCUGCUCCUUCCUGCUGGCCCGCUUCCUGGGCCUGCGCUACGUGGCCUUCUACCCGGGCUCCCUCAACGGACCCCUCUCCGUCGGCCUGCCCAGCCCCCUGUCCCACGUGCCGGUCUUCAACUCAGAGCUGUCCGACCGGAUGGGGCUUCUGGGCCGCCUCAAGAACGCCGUGUUCUCCCUGGUGUCCCCCGUCGCCGAGCAGCUGAUCCACCAGCGGUUCCAGCACGUGGGGGAGCGCCACUUCCUCUCUCCGCCGGCCGUGUCCGAGCUGUACGGCCGGGCGGAGCUGUGGGCCUUCAACACGGACUUCUCCCUGGAGUUCCCGCAGCCGCUGAUGCCCUACACCGUGUGCGUGGGGGGACUGCUGUCCAAACCCGCCAGGCCGCUGCCUCAGGAGCUGGAGGACUUCAUUGGUCAGUAUGCGGAGGAGGGGUUCAUCGUGGUCACCCUGGGCUCCAUGGUGUCCUCUGUCCCUCUGGAGGAGCUGCUGAGGGAGAUGAACGCAGGCUUCGCCCGAGUCCCCCAGGGCGUCGUCUGGAGGUACCACCCGCUGCGAUGGCCACCCCACAUACAGCCUGCUCCCAACGUGAAGCUGGUGGAGUGGCUGCCUCAGAACGACCUGCUAGGGCAUCCCAAGGUGCGUCUCCUGGUCACCCAUGGAGGUCAGAAUAGCCUCCUGCAGGCCGUGUACCACGCCGUGCCGGUGUUAGGCGUGCCUCUCUUCGGCGACCAGUUUGACAACCUUGUGCGAGUGGAGGCCAAAGGCCUGGGGCUAGCGCUCAAACCCACAGAUAUCCAGAGAGAGGUCCUCAGUGGCACAGUGGCCACACUCAUCACAGACCCAAGGUAUAAAGCCUCGGCCGAGUCUCUCAGUCGUAUCCACCGGUCACACCCCCACCCCCCGGGGCAGCGGCUGGUGCUCUGGGUGGAGCAUGUGAUGCGGAGCGGCGGGGGGUCUCACCUGCGGCCCUUCUCCCUCCAGCAGCCCUGGUACCAGCGCUGCCUCCUGGACGUGGCUCUCCUCGUCGCCCUGGUGACGCUCGGACUGGUCAACCUGGGAGUAGUGGCCUUUCAGAGCUACGAGGGCCGAAGCAAGCUGAAACAGGAGUGAUGCAGGACUGGUGCAGGUGCAGGGCUUUGUUUUGGAUUAUACUGUGAAAUCGACAUUCAGAGAGUUGGAUGGUUUGAUGUAAUGAAGUAAUGCUUUUAUAUUCUUGCAUAUAUGCUGUAGUUGACCACAAGUUAAUUAAAUGGAUGACAGACUGAC